AUGUUUGAUAAAUUGUCACAGAGAUGAAGGGAGAAGAGCAAGUAAGGACUUUGUUUGGGAUUUCGCUAACAGAUAAACCAAUAUGGCAACAAUUUUUCAUUUGCUCUUCUGGGUUUUUCUUUGGGUAUCUUGUUAAUGGCAUUUGUGAGGAAUAUGUAUAUAACAGGCUUCAAUUCAGCUAUGGAUGGUACUUCACGUUCAUACAAGGCUUUGUAUACUUGACACUCAUUCGUUUACAGGGAUUCACCCCCAAACAAAUGGUGAAUCCAUGGAAUAUGUACGUUAAGCUCUCAGCGGUUCUUAUGGGUUCUCAUGGAUUGACUAAAGGGUCCUUGGCUUAUCUAAAUUAUCCUGCACAACUCAUGUUCAAAUCGACAAAGGUUUUGCCUGUUAUGAUCAUGGGUGCCUUCAUUCCUGGCUUGAGAAGGAAGUACCCUCCACGUGAAUACCUUUCUGCUGUUCUUCUAGUUGUUGGUUUGAUACUCUUCACCUUAGCCGAUGCCCAGUCUUCUCCAAAUUUUAGCAUUAUUGGAGUUGUGAUGGUUUCUGGAGCUCUAAUCAUGGAUUCCUUUUUGGGUAAUUUUCAAGAAGCAAUUUUUACCAUUAAUCGCGAAACUACUCAGAUGGAAAUGCUAUUCUGUUCAACGAUAGUGGGCACGCCUUUCUUGGUGCCACCAAUGAUUGUAACAGGAGAACUGUUCAAAGCAUGGAAAUCAUGUUAUGAUCAUCCUUAUGUAUAUGGCGUCUUGAUUUUUGAAGCUGUAGCUACAUUUGUCGGUCAAGUAUCUGUUCUAUCGCUCAUUGCCAUUUUUGGGGCUGCAACCACUGCUUUGGUAACAACUGCAAGAAAGGCGGUAACUUUAUUGUUAUCUUAUGUGAUAUUCACAAAGCCCAUGUCUGAACAACAUGGGAUCGGGCUAAUCCUGAUAGCUGCGGGUAUCAUGAUGAAGUUGUUGCCGGAUCACAAGAUUCCCCCACAGCUUAGAUUGUCGAAUUCCAUUGUAAAACAAGUAAAAUCUUUUCCUAAAGAAGAAACGAGUGAAAGCGAGGAUGAAAAGAGACCUCUGGUGUAA